AUGAAUCUUGGAUUUGUCUGUUGCUUUGUAUCUGAUGUUUUCGGGGUGUGCGAUGGGGGGUGGGGGUGCAAUGACCGAGGAGCGUGUCUUACAGCGCCUGUGCUCGUGGCAGACUACCUGAAGCCGAUCGCUGAAGAGGAGAGGAGGGUCGAGGCCGAGGAGAAGAAGAAGCGUGAGGAGCUGGAGCGCAUUGCCAGAGAGCUGGCAGAAGCAAGUGAAGAUUCCAUAUUGAAAUGAACAAAAGACUGGGUCUUACUUUCAUUCAUGGAAAUAUCUGGCUAGUCUCUGAACAGUUUAACUCUGGAUGUUAUUCUAUCAAUAAAGUACUUACAAUACUCUG